AGAGAGAGAGAGAGUCCAUGUGGUAGUGGUGGUGGUGGUUGUGAAACUUCCAAAGGAUGACUCUGGAAAGCAAUAAGGAGGCGGAGGUGAAGAAGAAGAAGAUGAAGGAGGAACAUGACACAGACGAGGAGGAAAAGAAGGAAAAUGAAGAGAAAGUGAAGGAAAAUAAAAUAAAAAUGGAAGAGGAAGAGGAAGAGGAGGAAGAGGAGGAGGAAGAGGAGGAAUAUGUUGAGGCGAAGAUGGAAGAAGAAGAUGAAGAAAAGAAGGAAAGAAAGAAUUUGUCAUAUUUUGAACGUUUUGAAGCUGCCAUCUUGAAAUUCAGGGACGGAGGCGGCAGCAGCGGCGAUGUGUGGUGGGGUGUGUGGUGGGUGGUGGUGGUGGCGGCGGUGUGCACCAGACUUCACUACAUCACAAAACCCAACAAUGUGGUGUGGGACGAGGCACACUUUGGCAAGAUGGUCAGCUGGUACAUCAACAGAACCUUCUUUAUGGACGUCCAUCCACCGGGAGGCAAGUUACUCCUGACGCUGUUUGCUUACGUGGGAGGAUACAACGGCAGCCACUCCUUCAGUAGUCCUAGCGUCUCCUACGAGGACUACAGCGGCAUUAUACCAACACGCGUGGGGUGUGCGUUACUCGGUGCAGGCAUGGUACCGCUCGGGUUUCACAGCAUCUGGUCUCUCACAUACUCCCUCACCUCCGCCACCAUUGCAGCCGUCCUCAUUAUCUUUGACAUUGGCAGCAUCACUCUCAGUAAGUUUAUCCUGCUAGACCCGCCCCUCAUGUUCUUCAUCCUCGCCUCCUUCCACGGCCUGUGUCUGCUCCACCAAGUCAAACAUAGGCCGUUCUCGUGGGCGUGGUGGGGACGCCUGACGUACACGGGCGUGGCGCUGGGGUGUGUGGUGAGUGUCAAGUUUGUGGGCGUGUUCGUGGUGGGCGUGGUGGGCGUGUACACCUGCCUGGACCUGUGGGAAGCCCUUGGGAAUCAGCACACGCCCCUGGUCGUGGUGGGUCAGCAUUUCCUCAGCCGCGUCCUCUGCCUCAUCCUACUUCCCGCCUCCAUUUACCUCUCCAUCUUCGCUGCUCAUGACGCUCUUCUGUAUAUCGCGAAAAGCUCACACGCCGCCGAUGAAGCUCAUUUCAGCCCAGGAUUCCAAAUGAAUUUAAAAGGAAACGCUCUCAACAAUGUGACUCAACCCAGAGAGGUGGCCUACGGGAGCUUGGUGACCCUGCGAUCGAACAACCUGGCGGGCGUGUACCUUCACAGUCACAACCUAACCUAUCCUGGCCGUGCCGAGGCUAAACGGUGGCAGCAGGUCACAGGAUUCAGGGCCAAGGAUCAUAAUAACUUCUUCCGUAUACUGUUCCCUGAAGAGGACCCAGAGCUGAGUAACGGGUUCUACGGCGGGCCCCCGGAGUUGGUGAGCCACGGAGACUGGAUACGCCUGCACCACCCUGCCACGGGGGCGCUCCUCUCCUGCAGCAAGAAUAAGUCCUUUGUCACCAGGAAACAUAACCUCGUCUUCGCCAGGCCUGUGAACCUGACGCAGAUCCCGGGCGAGGACGACCAGACGGGAGGGGUGUUCAGUGGUCAGCCCCCCACCACCAGCGCCACGGUGUCCCCGUGGCAGAUGUGGCGGGUGUACAUAGAGGGAGGUAAGCCAGGACAGACGCUGCAAACUCUUAACUCCAGCGUCAAGUUUGUGUGCGUUCCUAACAGCUGCGCCCUCACGUGGUCCAAAGCCAAGCUGCCCAACAAGUGGGGUUACGGUCAGGCUGAGAUCACGUGCUCCAACAACCUACAAGACCCGUGCACAAAUUGGGAGGUUGAGCAGCAUUACAACCCUUACCUACCCAACUCCACGUACGAACACCUGCGGUCUGGAUUCGCCUCUCGAGUGGUGGAGACGCACAGAGUAAUGACGUGGGUGAACGGAAGACUCAAGCGAGGGGAGGACAUGUACACGUCACACCGCCCCUGGAUGUGGCCGGCGUGCCUCAAGUCGCAAGUUUGGUACGACGUGAGCUUCAGAAUUGUCCUGUUGGGAAACCCUGUGAUUUUCUGGGUCAACCUCGUCUUCCUGGUCGUCUCUCCGGUGCUUAUUCUUCGCCACUACUUCUACAGGAAACGGGGCUUGGCUGAUCCUCCCCACCUGGCUGAGAAGAAGGAUCGCCACGUGUUUGCUCUCCGGUGGCUCUUAAUUGCCUACCUGGCGCACUACCUUCCCUUCUACAGCAUGAACAGAAUUCUCUACUAUCACCACUACUUCCCCGCUCUCCAGUUCUCCUCCAUGCUCACAGGUGUGGUGUUGGGUUACCUCCUGGAGACCCUACACACAUGGAUGGCGCCGAGGAGAGCCUUCUACACCUACACCUGCAGCCUGUGUGUCCUCCUCGCCCUUCUUGUGACCAGCUUCCGCGCCUAUUGCUACGUGGGUUAUGGUCACCCCACUGAGGGACCUUUUAAUCUGGACAACUCGACCCAUAGGAAUGUUAGACUGUUUGAAUCAUGGGAGAUUUAGAGGUGGGUGACUGGGUGAGUGAGUGGGUGAGUGAGUGGGUGAGUGAGUGGGUGGGUGACUGAGUGACUGAGUGAGUGGUUGGGUGACGUAACAAGGCGUGACAUGAACAAACUGUGUGUUGAAGAUGGAUAGAAAUAGAUGGAGAGUGGAAGGUUGACUGGGUGAGUGAGUGACUGGUUGGGUGAGUAAGUGGAUGGGUAA